AUGCACUCUUUUCUUUUUGCUUUUCUGUAUACGUGUUUUUUGCAACCUUGUGCCCAUUCGUUUACUGCAGUCUGCAUUCCUUUGUAUUGCCCCGUUGUUAGGUUGAAUCAGUUUGGUGUUCGUUGUCAUUGAUCUAUCAUGUACGCCGUAAGCGGUAGUGCCGAUGGAUUGGUUUCGUGAGCAGGCAGGUCGCCUUUCAAACCGUGUUGUAACAUAGUUGUUAUGCGCGGAUGGGUUCAGAGGCGUGGCUUCGAUCAAGCCUGACUGCUUCACGAAUUGGUCGAGUGAUACAAGAAAGUAUUCAGGCACCGACUACGCCUCUACGCCUCGUCAUCCCGCCCUCCCAACUGCUUACAGUGCAAUGUCAGCCUUCCUCCCCCAGGCCCCAGUGGUGUGGCAAACUCCUUGAAUCCAAACCUCUCGCAAGCUCGCUGGACCCGAGACAAACUGGUAGUGAAUCGAGAGACGAAAUAUGAUUUCCUCAUUUUUUUUAAAAAAAAUCUCUCGCUGUUAUUUAGCUGCACGUCAAAUUCACAGUCAGCACCGCCUAACUGUUAUUCACCGUGUUUAGUAACAUCACCAGGGCUGACUAAAGAACACUGUAAACGAAGCAGCACACGUGCAUUGCGGUUGAAGCUUCUUACGCUAGUGCACUGACUGUGCAUGCCUGAUUGCCAGUUUUUUAAAUGAAAACAAGUAAACAACCAAUCUGAGCUGGGGCUGACCUCUAGGCAACACGAAGCUGCUAGGAAGCAAAUCCGUCGCCUGGUACUUCACCACCAAGUUCCUUGAGAGUAAGGCAUGCCCGCCUCUCGCGUAGAGCGUCCAGUAACCUCACACCCCCAAUGAAUAAACUUUACUAAACAACGGUGUACUAAGCAGUCAUAAGAGGCUAAUCCAACCACGCCUAUAUAAGCCGACGACAAAUGCCAUACCACAUCAAUCCAUCUCCAAUUCUCCAGUCAAAGUCCACCCAAUAUCACUACCAUCUCAGCCCAACCAGUCUGUUUCUCCCGCCGCUCGAUCGUGAGGGUGAGAGAGCAAUGGUUCUUCCAACAGGAGCCUCGUCGUACGCAGCCAGUGUGCCAUGGAGCCUCCUGGCCUACGGCCUCCUAGGCCUGGCGCUCCUCCGGCAGGCCGGCCGGCUGCUGCACCGGAUGUGGUGGCGCCCCCGGCGCCUGGAGCGCGCGCUGCGAGCGCAGGGCCUGCGCGGGAGGCCGCACAGCCUCCUCGCGGGCGACCUCCGGGAGAACGCCCGGCUGAACCGGGAGGCGUGGUCGAGGCCGCUCCCGCUGGGGUGCCACGACAUCGCGCCCCGCGUCGCGCCGUUCCUGUGCGGGGUCGUGCGGGAGCACGGGAGGCGGGCGUGCCUCUGCUGGUUCGGGCCCGUGCCCAGGGUGAUCGUCGCCGACCCGGGCUUGGCCAGGGACGUGCUGUCCAACAAGUUCGGGCACCUGGAGAAGCCCAGCUUCCCGGCGCUGACGAGGCUGCUCGCCGAAGGGGUCGCGGGGCUGGAGGGCGAGAAGUGGGUCAGGCACCGCAGGAUCCUCAAACCCGCGUUCCAUCUCGAGAAGCUCAAGAGUAUGCUGCCGGCGUUUUCUGCGUGCUGCGAGGAGCUGGUCGGCAGAUGGGCGGAGUCUGCUGGCGCCGACGGUUGGUGCGAGCUGGAUGUCUGGCCGGAGCUCCAGAACCUCACCGGCGACGUCAUUUCUCGCACCGCGUUCGGCAGCAGCUACCUCGAGGGGAGGCGGAUCUUCCAGCUCCAGGCAGAGCAAGGUGAACGCCUCGUGGCCACCAUUCAGAAGAUCAUCAUCCCAGGCUACUUAUAUUUGCCGACCAAAAACAACAGGAGGAUGCACGAGAUCAACGACGAGGUCACCUCACUCUUACGAGGAUUGAUCGAGAAAAGAAUGCAAGCUAUGAAAGAAGGCGAGAUCGGCGGCAAAGAUGAUCUGCUGGGCCUGCUUCUCGAGUCAAAUAUGAGACACACUGACGAGCAUGGCCCGUCCAGCCUGAGAAUGAGCACCGAAGACGUCGUCGAGGAGUGCAAGCUCUUCUACUUCGCAGGGAUGGAGACGACUUCCGUGCUGCUCACCUGGACGAUGGUCCUGCUCAGCAUGCACCCGGAGUGGCAGGACCGUGCGAGAGAGGAAGUCCUUGGCCUGUUCGGGAGAAACAAGCUUGAAUACGACGGCCUGACCCAGCUCAAAACGGUGACGAUGAUCCUUCACGAGGUUCUCCGGCUGUACCCUCCGUUUAUCGCGAUCAGCCGGAAGACGCACAAGGAGGUGGAGAUCGGCGGCGUCACGUACCCGGCCGGCGUGGUGGUCGACCUGCCCGUGCUGCUCAUCCACCACGACCCGGACAUCUGGGGGAGCGACGUGCACGAGUUCAGGCCGGACAGGUUCGCCGAGGGGGUCUCCAGGGCGCCGCCCGCGUUCUUCCCCUUCGGCUGGGGGCCGCGCACCUGCAUCGGCCAGAACUUCGCGCUGCUCGAGGCCAAGAUGGCGCUGAGCAUGAUCCUCCAGCGGUUCGAGUUCGAGCUCGCGCCAUCGUACACCCACGCGCCGCAUACCGUAAUCACCCUGCAGCCGAUGCAUGGAGCGCAGAUUAAGCUCAGGGCAAUCUGAUCACUGAAGAACAUUCAUUACUGCUUUGGUUGCCUUGUGACCAGUGGAUGAAUCAAGGUGUCUUUAGAUCUUGAAAGACAUCUACUUGCAGAUGUUGAAAUAUUAGAAUUUCAUGUUGUAGUAUAUUGGGUGCAAUUGCUUUUAGCUGUAUUAGCCAGGAAUUGGUAUUUUGUA